CCACCAUUAUCUCUGUUCUUAGCGAUCAUCAUGAGUGAAAAAUAUGUUGAAUCAUUUGGAUAAAAAACAAUCCCUGUUUUUGUUCAAUCUAAAGGGCCUUUUAACGCCGGAAUCAUUCUUACCGAAUUGAACUAUGAUAUUUGGUCCCAACUGAUGGAGAUGCAUAUUGCCGAAAGGGAGAAACUCUCCUAUAUUCAUGGCAGAACCAAGCCACCGGUAGAAUCUGAAGCUGGGUAUGAAAAGUGGUACGCUGAAAAUCAAAAAGUAAAGAGGUGGUUGUUGAUAUCAAUGGCCCCAGAAAGCAUGAAGCGUUAUUUACGCCUACCUACUGCCCAUGAAAUUUGGAGUACCCUGUCAAAGGCUUUCUAUGAUAGAAGCGAUGAACUAUACGUAUUUUCCUUGAAUCAAAAGGCCUUUACGACCAAACAAGGUGGAAAAUCCCUCUCUGUAUAUUAUGGAGAGUUGUGCGAAAUUUUUCGCGAAUUGGACCAUCGUGAUAAAGUGGUCAUGGAGCACGCUAAUGAUAUUGGAACAUAUGAAAAAUCUAUCCAACGGCAAAGGGUACACAUAUUCCUCGUUGGAUUGGAUGGUGAAUUUGAAUAGAUUCGUGGAGAGGUUCUUCGCAAGGAACCUGUCCCUAAUUUGGAAGAAUGCUAUGCAUUGGUUCGAUGUGAGGUAGUACGUCGUGCCACCUUAAAUGGGGAAUCAGAAAACUUGGAGACCUUUGUCAUGUUGGCUCACAAUCGCCCAAGUUCAAAACCACAGGAUCGAUCCUGCCCUCAGCAAACUCGACAGGAACAACCACAGGAGCAAUCUCAAGAUCAAUCUCGUCCACAUGAUCGAUCCCAUAGUACUGGCAAGCCAUCCUACAAAUGUACUCAUUGUGACCAAGCAGGCCACACCAAAAGUCGUUGCUAUGAACUAGUAGGAUAUCCAAAAUGGUGAGAUCACAACCGUGAUUCAAGGAAGAGGAGUUCUAGUAGGAACUCUACUACUGCACUUGUUGAGGGUAAGGCAAAUGGAGAUGAUGAAGUUGCUGAACACGCCUCUGCUUUAGUAGCAACGACAGGACAUUUGAAUGAGACAAAUGAUUGGUUAUGGUGUUAGGCAAGGAAGGCUGUAUUACCUGGACUUGGUGUCGAAGAGUUCAGACAAGUUAUGUAAGGCCUUGACAGUGGAUAGUUCUGUGGGAAAGAAGAAAAAGUCUGAAAUUUGGUUAUGGCAUCGACGUUUGGGACAUGCGUCAUUUGGUUAUC